AUCAACGGGGAAUAACAGGGUCGUUAGGGGAAUACCUGUGAGAGAUUCGUACUUCUAAAUUCUUGAUUAAAGUUUAUACGUGAAAAACGUGUCCUUGUAAAACGUCUCAGUCCGCAAUGUUACGAUAUAUUGUGCAACACGGUUAAUUUUUGCGAAAUUUUCACAAAUUGUACAAUUCCACAAUAACUCUAUUAAUUCAUUCAGAUUAACAUCUGCGAUACAAUUUGUUGCUUAAACUCGAGUAUUGUUCUUCAUAACCUAUGAAAUCUGUGACCGUCACUUGCUCUAUGUCGAAUUUACCUAAAAAAAGUAACGCGUAACAAUAUAAAAUUUAUCGUACGCGUAAAAUAAUUUUAACUAGAUAUUAUCUGUGAUCUUCCCACAAAGUCUCAACAUAUGAAAUAUUGAGGAUAAUACAAGCUAAAUAGAACACAUCAUGUCGAAGUUACAACGUAUAACUAAGUCUUUACGGAUGUCUACUUGCCUAGAACGUAGAAACUUUGAUCUUCAACCAAAUGAUUUAAUAAAGAAAAGGCAAGAACGAGCAGAAAGAAUAGAAAGUAGUUUUGAUUGGUCUAAAAUAUGCAAUAGUACAUCUAAAGGUCUUACGAUAAAGUUAUCAGUGCUAAAAAAGAUUGCAGAGCAAGUUUUAAAGGAUGCUGUGGCAGAUGCUAUAAAUGAAUUUACAAUUUAUGCAUUACGUUUAUUAAUUGAAGAUGAAAAAUUAACUCGAAAAAAAUAUGAGAUGCUUGUUCGAAAGGCAGGAUAUUUAGAUCAUGAUUAUGCAUGUAAAAUAAUGGAGAUUAUUACGGAAAUUCGGGUAGAACAUUAUGAUGAGGUUAUGGAAUUAUUAUCCGAAACCAAAGAGAAUGAAGAUGCAGAAGCUGCUGGUUUGCAUGUUUUUGGCGCGGAUAUUCCUUACAAUCCAGCAAGAGCUGUAUGGCCUGAUACUACUAAACUUCAUAGCAUGUCUAGGGAAGGAAUAAAUUUAAGCACUGAUAAAUUUACAAUGAAACUACAUGGAACAGAAUCUUUAUCGCAAAAGAAAUCUGUAUUCGAAAAAGAAAAAUUUAUGGAAAGAUUAAAAAAUUGCUUCAAGACAUGUGGUAACGGAAUGUCAUUUUCGCAGUUUAAUACGACAAUAAUGCAAAAGUUGAGGAAUUUUGAGGAAGUAGCCUUACAAACUGAAUUAUUCGAUAUGCUUGGUUGCGAUCAUUUGGAAUUUAUAGAAUAUAUUAUCGAACAUCAACAAGCUAUUGUAUCAUCGUAUCCAUGUUCAAAAGUGGUUUCAAGGCCACAGAAAACUGCACAGGGGCCUAUAAUCAGUGGUCAGGUAACUGUACAGUCUGAGGUAGAAAAGAAACUAAACAAGCAAGUACGUAAGGAGGAAAAGAAAUUGAAUAAAAUGUCGAACAAACGAGAUGUUAAAGGGGAAAUUGAGAAAAACGAAUUCGACUCGACAGAACUGCAAUUUAUAAAGCAAGAGGCAAUUGCAGCUAGGCUAACCCCAUUAUUUCCUAAGAAGAUUGUGGAAAGAAGUCCACAAUCUUACCCGUUUGUUUUCGACUCCAAAGCAAAUAAGCAUGCAAGUAUCGUGUCAGGACAGAAAUUAAUGUUGGCUGAAAACGUUAAGAGGGUAAACACUGACAUUUUUGAGGAAGUGCACAUACCAAUACCAGAAAAAGAACCUAUUAACGUGAAUGUAGAUAUCGUAUCAAUAUCUUCUCUAGACAAAAUCGGCCAAACUGCUUUCAACGGCAUGAAGUCGUUAAAUCAAAUACAAAGUAUAGUCUUUAAGGCGGCGUACGAAACCAAUGAAAAUUUACUGAUAUGCGCACCAACCGGUGCGGGCAAGACGAAUGUAGCGAUGUUAGCCAUAGUGCAUCAGUUGAAACAGAACAUUCAAGACGGACAACUGCAAACGAACCAAUUCAAGAUCAUUUAUAUCGCGCCUAUGAAAGCACUGGCGGCGGAGAUGACCGCCAACUUCAAUAAGAGACUCAGCGCCUUAGGCGUCAGCGUUCGCGAAUUAACCGGUGACAUGCAGCUGACAAAGCAAGAGAUUCAGCAGACUCAGAUGAUAGUGACCACACCGGAGAAAUGGGACGUUGUCACGAGAAAAGGAACGGGCGAUGUCUCUCUCACUAGUAUCGUGCGACUGUUGAUCAUCGACGAGGUGCAUCUGCUGCAUGGCGACAGAGGGCCCGUGGUGGAGGCGUUAGUCGCGCGGACUUUGCGACAAGUAGAAUCCUCACAGAGCAUGAUCCGGAUCGUCGGGUUGUCCGCGACACUGCCGAAUUACGUGGACGUAGCGCGAUUCCUGCGCGUGAAUCCGAGCAAGGGACUUUUCUAUUUCGACCACCGCUUCCGACCGGUACCGUUAAGCCAGACGUUCAUUGGUGUCAAAGCCAUCAAGCCGCUACAACAAAUUAACGAUAUGGAUUUCGUGUGCUACAAUCAUGUCAUUGACAUGGUGCGAAAAGGUCAUCAGGUCAUGGUGUUUGUGCACGCGCGGAACGCCACCGUGAGAACGGCCCAGGCGCUGAAGGAGUUAGCCUUGAAAAACGAUUUGCUCAAGUACUUCUUGUCGGACAAUCAGACAAAGUAUGUGAACAAGGCAUUCGCGUCCUCACGCAACAAGCAUCUCGGCGAGCUGUUCAACAGCGGCUUUUCCGUGCACCAUGCUGGCUUGACGCGCACCGACCGCAAUCUAGUGGAGAAGUAUUUCGCCGACGGUCUGAUCAAGGUGCUGGUCUGCACCUCCACAUUAGCCUGGGGCGUCAAUCUGCCCGCACACGCGGUCAUUAUACGUGGCACCGAAAUUUAUGACGCGAAGCACGGUUCGUUCGUGGACCUGGGUAUAUUGGACGUGCUGCAGAUCUUUGGCCGCGCCGGUAGACCGCAAUUCGAUACGUCCGGCCACGCGGUUAUCAUCACGACGCACAACAAACUAUCACAUUACUUGUCGUUGCUGACGAAUCAAAUACCGAUCGAGAGCAGUUUCAUUAAGUACUUGGCCGACAAUCUGAACGCUGAGGUAGCGUUGGGUACGAUAUCGAACGUGGAAGAGGCGGUCGAGUGGCUCAGUUACACGUACCUGUUUGUACGAAUGAAGCUGAACUAUCAGGUAUACGGUAUGGUGUACCAAACUCUCGUGGAAGAUCCGAAUCUUGAGAAGAAGCGAAAGGAACUUGUGGAUCAUGCAGCUAAAUCGUUGGACAAGGCGCAGAUGAUCAGGUACGAUGAGCGCACCGGUGAUUUGAAUGCCACCGACUUGGGACGUAUCGCGAGCCACUUUUACCUCAAAUAUGACACAGUAGAGAUUUUCAACGAGCAGCAGAAACACGUGAUGAAUGAGGCGGAGAUCCUGGCGAUGAUAUCGCACGCCCAGGAGUUCGAGCAACUCAAAGUGCGCGACGACGAGGUAGAAGAGCUCGAUCAAUUGAUGGACGACUGCAAGGUCAUGCCAAAAGGCGGUGUGGAGAACGUUCACGGCAAAGUGAACAUAUUGCUGCAAACGUAUUUGUCAAGAGGCCGCGUGAACGCAUCGUCGCUGAUAUCCGAUCAAGCGUAUGUUACACAGAACGCGAUGAGGAUAGUUCGGGCGCUAUUCGAGAUUAUGUUGCGCAAGAACAACGCGAUAAUGGCUGGUCGACUGUUGUCGAUGGCAAAGAUGUUCGAGACACAGCAAUGGGACUUCAUGACGCCGCUGCGACAAUUCAGCUGCCUGUCUAUGGAGAUCAUCUACAAGAUAGAGCAACGAGAGCUGCCAAUUCACCGAUUGAAAGAAAUGUCCACGCAGGAGAUCGGCAUCUUUCUACGAGAUCAACGAAUGGCGCUAUUGGUGAAGAAGUGCUGCAGCCAGUUGCCGAAGAUGGAUGUGGUGUUCACCCUGCAACCUAUCACGCGCACCGUGUUGCGAAUGCGGUUGACGCUGAUCCCGGAGUUCAACUGGAACGACCAUGUGCAUGGGAAGAAUUCACAAGCCUUCUGGAUAUGGAUUGAGGACCCGGACAGUAACUUCAUCUAUCAUUAUGAGUACUUCCUCGUGACGAGGAAGACAGUUCUUCAGAAGAACGAGCAGGAGCUCGUAAUCACCAUACCCUUGUCCGAGCCGUUACCAGCUCAGUAUUUGAUCAAGGUAUCAAGUGAACAUUGGCUUGACUGCGACGACGUGUUUCCAGUAAGUUUCCACGACCUCAUUCUGCCGGAAACUCAUCCACCUCACACGGACUUACUGGAGCUGCAACCGUUGCCGACGAGCGCUCUUAGAGAGCCGUUAUAUGAGGAACUUUACACAUUUACCCAUUUCAAUCCCAUACAGACUCAGAUUUUCCACUGCCUCUAUCAUACAGAUAACAACGUGCUCCUCGGCGCACCGACCGGUUCGGGGAAGACGAUCGCCGCGGAGAUCGCGAUGUUUCGGGUCUUCAAGCGGUAUCCCAACAAAAAAGUCAUCUAUAUAGCACCACUAAAGGCUCUGGUGCGGGAACGUAUAAACGAUUGGAAAGUACGACUGGAGGAACGUCUAGGUAAGAGAGUGGUGGAGCUGACAGGCGACGUGUCGCCCGACAUAAGGAUGAUAGUCAACGCGCACGUAAUCGUCACUACACCCGAGAAAUGGGACGGUAUCAGCAGAAGUUGGCAGACAAGGAGCUAUGUGCGGCAAGUGGCGCUCAUAGUGAUCGACGAGAUUCAUCUGCUGGGCGAAGAUCGCGGACCGGUGCUGGAGGUCAUAAUCUCCCGCACGAAUUUUAUAUCGUCGCACACGCUCGACAAAGUCAGGAUCGUCGGUUUGUCGACCGCGCUGGCAAAUGCAGUGGACCUGGCCAACUGGCUCGAUAUCAAGGACAUGGGGCUCUAUAAUUUCCGUCCUUCCGUCAGGCCUGUGCCGUUGGAAGUGCACAUCAGCGGAUUCCCGGGCAAGCAUUACUGUCCCCGUAUGGCGACUAUGAACAGACCGACUUUCCAAGCGAUCAGACAUCACGCACCGUCCAGUCCCUCUCUUGUCUUCGUGUCUUCUCGACGACAGACGCGUUUAACCGCACUGGAUCUGAUAGCUUAUCUCGCGGCUGAGGAUAAUCCCAAGCAAUGGUUACACAUGCCAGAAGAAGAAAUGGCCGGCAUUUUGGACAAUGUGAAGGACACCAAUCUGAAGCUCACGCUCGCCUUCGGCAUCGGUCUUCAUCAUGCGGGCCUUCAGGACCGAGACAGAAAGACUGUGGAGGAAUUGUUCGUCAAUAACAAAAUACAGGUAUUAAUUACUACGGCUACUUUGGCUUGGGGUGUGAACUUUCCCGCUCAUCUGGUGGUGAUUAAGGGCACGGAAUAUUACGACGGCAAACUGAAGCGUUACGUGGACAUGCCGAUCACCGAUGUGCUCCAGAUGAUGGGUCGUGCCGGCAGACCGCAGUACGACAACUCCGGCGUGGCGGUCGUCCUCGUGCAUGACAUAAAGAAAAGCUUUUACAAGAAGUUCUUGUACGAGCCAUUCCCCGUGGAGUCCAGCCUGAUGGACGUGUUGCCCGAUCACAUCAACGCAGAGAUCGUCGCCGGCACUAUAAAAAACAAACAGGAGUUUCUAGAUUACCUGACGUGGACGUAUUACUUCCGAAGAUUAAUGAAAAAUCCCAAAUAUUACGACUUAGACGUUCUGGAACCUCAGUAUAUCAACGAAUACCUUUCGAAACUGGUGGAGAAGACCCUGAAGUCACUGAUGGAUUCGUAUUGCAUUGAUUACAAUACGGAGGAUCAAACCCUGUUCUCACUUCCGAUGGGGAAAAUAGCAUCGUUCUAUUAUUUAUCACACCACACGAUGUCGAUGUUCAUGCAAUCGCUGAACAACAAGUUGACGCUGGAUCAAUGCCUACGUAUACUCUGCAACUCGCACGAGUACAACGAACUGCCGGUGAGACAUAAUGAGGAACUGUUGAAUGAAGAACUGGCGAAGCUCUGUCGUUAUCCCGUAGACCAGUACACUUACGAUUCGCCGCACACGAAAGCAUUUCUCUUACUGCAAUCGCAUUUCUCGAGACUGCCAUUACCAUGUACCGAUUACACCACCGAUUUGAAGUCGGUGCUCGAUCAAGCGAUCAGGAUAGUGCAGGCGAUGGUUGACACGGUCGCGGAGCGUGGAUGGCUAACAAGCACGCUCAGGAUAAUGCACCUGUUUCAAAUGAUCGUACAGGCACGCUGGAUAGACGAACCCGCAAUUACGUCGUUACCGUAUGUAAAGGCAACAGAUUUGCAUUUGUUCUCGUCGUCUUCAUUGGCGUUUCCAGUAUUAUGUUUCAUGACACGUGAGGAUUACGAUAUGCUUCGUACAGCUUUAUGUGAGGAAUACACGGAAAAUCAGAUACGUGAAAUACAUCGAGUAAUUAGAGAAAUGCCGAUAAUAUCCGUUAAUCUAACGCUGGAAAGUACAAUUCACGACGAGAUUUUGAGAAGGAAAAUUAUAUUUAAGUCUGAAGAUGACGAUCCCAUUGAUGUUCAAAAAAACGAAUACUGUACAUUGAUUGUUGGACUAAAAAGAAACAAUCGCUCCAAGACUUUGAAAGCGCACUCUCCGAUGUUCCUAAAAGGAAAGGAUGAAGGUUGGUUCCUGAUAUUAGGUGACGUUCCCAAUAAAGAGUUGUUGGCGUUGAAGAGGGUAUCCGGUGUAAAUGAUCAACAGAGAUAUCACCAAUUGCAAUUUCAUGUGCCUGACGGUUUAGGAUUGAUGAAGCUGACGUUCUACUUGAUUUCCGAUUGUUACAUGGGAUUGGAUCAGCAAUAUAAUAUUUUUUUAAACAUAACGUCUUCAGUUCAGAACACCAGCACAAGACUGAACGAAUAGGUGAUAUUGUGUUCAAUUAUUGCAAAUCUUUCUAUCGACAAUAAUGUAAGGAACGAUGCGAAGAGUGCGAACUUUAUUAUUGGAAAAAUAUUAGCAAAGUAACAACGUAAAGUUAUUAGUGGAUAUCGGAGGAAUCAAAGCAGUGAGAGAUUUGCUAUAAUUGCGUACGAAUGUAUUGUUACAGGAUGUUUAUCGGGAGAUGUACAGAGACUUGUAUAUUUUUACGUGAUGUAAUUUUAUUACACGUCUAUGUAUUAUGAAACAAUGUAGGUAUGGAUUAUUCUACGAUUCUUUUCAUAUAAAUAUAAACCUUAUUAUCUCGGAAUAUAUAAAGAUAGAAAAAGCAAUAUGUGCAGGAUCAGUGUACAAUUCCAUACGAUCUUUUCCGUUUCUUUCUUUUUGGGAAAUGAAAAUCACGGAUUAUUUCACUGUAAAUGCAAACUGCUUGUUGCACACCAUUCAUUUUUUACCAUCAUUCGUAUUUUUUUGUUCUUAGUAAGAACUUCAUUUUUACCAGAUCUCAAGAAAUAAUAGAUGUUUGAGGUAUGCAGAGAAGAGUGUUUUUAAGUAGUGUACAGAAAAAAUAAACACGUUCUUAAAAAUUUGUAGACUCAUUGUAUACAUUUCAAUCAUAUAUACAUACAUAUAUAUAUAUAUAUAUAUAUAUAUAUAUAUAUAUAUAUGUAUGUAUGUAUAUAUAUAUAUAUAUAUACUGACCCCAUUUUUCAGACUUACACUAUAUAAUAAUACAAUAUUCGAAUUAUUCGGUUUAGUUUCCUAUGCUUAGGUAACAAUAGAUUAUAGGAUAGGAAGGAUAUGAGAUCAUUCCAUUGCUUUGUAUGAAAAGAAAAAAAGAAUAUAAAUAUAUAUUUUAAGUCCUAA